AUGAGAAGAGAGUUGACUGGGGCUAGAUCAAGAAUUGAGUACCUUUCCAGCAAGCUUGUUGUUUCAAAGGUCGGGAUCUCGCGGAUUUUAUCUCUUCGUCAGUAUGUCCGGCCUGUUCAGGUGAAAUUGUACUCUUCAGACGCUGAGCGGACUCCAGCGGGUCCGUUGUUUGAUCAUCACAACAAUACCUUCCAGACGACGACCUCGCAGGGGAAAUAUGGCUCGACUGAAGUUCUCAACAAGGACCUGCUGUCAGAUGCCAUCCCUUCGGUGGAAUUGGCGUACGAUCUGGUGAAGGACCACACUUGUCAGUUCAUUCCGGAGAAGCCGUCUAUCAUCAUCCUACAUGGGCUCUUUGGCAAUCGGAUGAACAACCGGUCGAUUGGCCGCGAGUUGAACGAGUUGCUGGAACGAGAUGUGUACUUGCCCGACCUGCGAAACCAUGGAGCAUCGCCGCAUAUUGGCAGGCAUGAUUAUACUUCGAUGGCGCUGGAUGUGGAAAGAUUCAUCGCAGAAAAGAUCCUGAACCGCCCGGAUGCAAAGAAACCCAUUAUCGUGGGUCAUUCCAUGGGUGCCAAGGUUGCCAUGAGCGUCGUGUUGAGAAAACCGGAGCUUUGCUCUAUGCUGGUCAGUAUAGACAACGCUCCGGUGGCUACGCCGCCGAUGAAUGCGUUCCCACGAUACACGAAGAAGCUUCUACAGAUUAUCAACGACCCUGGCAUCCAGACGGCCAAGCAAGCCGAGGAAGCUUUGAAAGAAGUAGAAGAAAAGAGCGUCGUCAGACAGUUUUUGCUCACCGUGCUGCAGAGAGUCAAGGACGAGGAGACAGGCCAGUGGAAGUUCAAGUCCAGAAUCCCGCUCGGCAUCCUGAACGACGCCAUCGUGAAGGGCAACAUCUCCAACUGGGAGUUUAACCCGUGGGUCCACAGAUUUACUGGUCCUUCACUGUUCAUCCGAGGCAUAAGAUCCCACUACGUUGCAGACGAGUAUCUCGCAGACAUAGGCAAUUUUUUCCCCAAUUUCGAAGUCAGAGACAUAGAUGCUGGUCAUUGGGUCAACACCGAGAAGCCACGGGAAUGUGUGCAAAACAUCGUCGAGUUUGUGGAAAGACACGAAGACGAAUUGAAGGCUUCAAGAUUGUAG